GGAGGGAUAUUUCCUUGUCCUGCGGCGGGGUGGGACGUGUCGGGGGCCAGCUCACCCCGUGGGGGACUCUCCAAAAUGCUCCGCCUGGUUCCCGUCCGGGUCUCGUGUUUACAAACCCCCAGGACAUCCCGCCUGCUCCCGAGCCCCUGAAACCACCCCCUGGCCCUGAGCGCCAGGUGUCAGUAACCGGAGGGGAAAAGUCUGAAAAGCAGCCAAGAGUUGGGCUUUUAUCUGCCAUUUCAAAGCAAAACACAGCGUGGAAACGCCAGGAGGCCCCGUUGUUUCAAGGGGAAAGCUUUUGGUUGAAGAACUGACCGGUUGAGGGGCUCCUGGGUGUUGUGCCUUUCCAGGUCCCAUGCGGAUGAGGAGCCCAGAGCUCGAUGCCCCCUCUGUCCGGUGACCAGUGCUCUGUGAUGGUGCCGGGAGACGUCUGCCAGAGGCCCGCAGGAUGCAGAGCGCCCAACACCGCCUUCAGGCCAUACCAGUUGCCCUCUGCCUCCUCCUGGGCAUUGGGACAGCAGCCCCAGAGUCAUUCCAUGUGCUGGGUCCCGCCAGCCCCGUCUCCGCCCCGCUGGGGGGCACUGUGCUGCUGCCCUGCCACCUCUCUCCCGCACUCAGUGCCCAGGCCAUGCAGGUGAAAUGGAGCCAUCCCCAGCUGGGCCAGGAUGUCCAUGUGUACCUGCCGGACGGGAGCGAGGUACAAGGAACGGGCUACCAGGGCAGGACAGAGCUCAUCAUCCAGGGCCUGGCCAACGGGAAUGUCUCCCUGAGGAUCCGGGACAUCCAGCUGUCAGACGAAGGGCAGCACUUGUGCGAGGUCCAGUCACCUACUCACUACAGCACGGCCCUGCUGGAGCUCAGCGUGACAGGCUCUGGCUCAGACCCCGUCCUGCACAUGGCUGGGCACAAGGACCUGGGGGUGUGGGUCUUGUGUCUCUCUGCGGGGUGGUACCCGGAGCCCCGCGUGAUCUGGAGGAAUGGCCGCAGGGAGACCCUGAGCCCCGAGUCUGAACAGAAACCGCGCAGUGACAACGGCCUAUUCAACGUCUCCAGCUCCUUGGUGGUGACUGAGAGCUCGGACCCAGCACUGACCUGCACUGUCAGAGCCGGCUUCUCCGGCCCAGAGAGAGAGACAACUAUUCGUAUCACAGGGCUCUUCCCCAGGCUUGCCCCGGAAAUGACAGCCUUUCUCAUCUUUCUACCAGUAUCUGUUUUCCUCGUGAUUUUGGCUGUUUAUCUUUUCCGAAAGCUCCGGGUACUCAAAGAGGAGGUGUCCAAAGAGCGCGAAUGGAGACAAUUUCUUGAUAAAGUGUCCCUGUCAGCAGCAGAUGUGACGCUGGACCAGAACACUGCCAACCCCUUCCUGGUGCUCUCAGUGGACAGCAGGAGUGUGACGUGCGGCAUCCUCUGGCAAGACGUCCCCAAGAGUGACCAGAGAUUUGACCCCCUCCCCUGCGUCCUGGCCUCCCAGUGCUUCACAGCCAGGCAACACUACUGGGACGUGGAGGUGGGCCAGUGGGGAGACUGGGCCAUCGGGGCAGCCCUGGGCACCAUGGAGCGCAUGGGGGUGUUCCAGCUGUCCCCGGAUGUGGGGGUCUGGGCCCUGCAGUGCCAGGAGGGGGAGUGGAGUGCUCUCACCUGCCCCGAGACCCCGCUGCAGCUGGAGUCAGCACCCAGGAUAGUCCGGGUGCACCUGGACUGCGAGCGGGGGAGCCUGGCCUUCUACAACGCCGAGGGCAUGUCACACAUCUUCACCUUCACCGGCUGUUCCCGGAAACCUCUCUUCCCCUUCUUCUUGCUCUGGACCUCUGGGACUCAGCUGACCAUACUAUGUCCGGGGCAGAGAAAGGCCAUGCAGAUGGACAGGACAACAUGUACAGUAACACCCAAACUGGGGAAAAGGCAGGGCAGUCUUAUAGAACUUCUGAUCAUGCCAGGGCAGAGUUAAGGGUGUUUGGCUGGGAAUUCCCUUGCGUUCAAAGGGGCAAAAUUAAGAGUGUUAAAUUCCUUUGUCUUCCAAGAGGCAGAGUUAAGGGUUUUAACCAGGAAUUUCCUUGCAAAGGGACAGUGUUACGGAUGUUUGCCCAGGGAUUUCCUUUCUUUCAAAUAGCUGCUUGAUUAGAAUUGAAUUGUUAAUUUACAGGGCGAUGCUGAACAGAGUUAGAUCGUGUCUGCUUUUGGUAGUUGGGUGAUCCUCUGACUUUUGUAUUGUGCCUUAAAACAUCUGCCCAAAAUAGUUAUUACUGAAUGAACCUAUUUUACUGAGGGCUUAGAACUUACCUAUUUUUUAAAAGGCAUGUUUUAUUUCAAUAUUUGAACCAAUUUUGGCUACAGCCAGGGAACCAGGCACAAUCAGACUUUCCUGUGGAGAUGCAACUACUACUCAGUAUUACCAGCCGGCAAAACUCCAAAGCUUAAAUGUUUACACAGGAAACUUUAUUUGUAAACUUGUUUCAUUUUCCCCUGGAACCAACCUAAGUCUACAUAAGGGUAUUUAACUGUGAAAUUAACAUUGAGAUACACAGCUCAUUCUUUCUUAGCAUGGGAAGUUCCCAUCUGAGAUCAGGGCCCUGGUGUGAUGGGCUGUGCCCAGACACAUGGUGACCGAGAGCGGGGCAGAGCUGGGAACUGUCCCCAUGUUUAUUGAGUCCCGAUACAAUGCCUUAACCAUGAGCCCAGUCAUGCAAAGCCAGGUGCUGGCUGGUGCCCAUGCAGUUCCCCUGAUUGGGCAGAGAACCUGAGACAUAUGUGAGGAAACCUCCUGGGCAGCAGUGAUAGCACGGGCUGGGGCUUUGCGGGGGGCAGGGGGGGUUGAUCUUUGUGGGGGGGAUUCCAGCCUGUGGCAGGAUGUAGUGAGACUGUGAUACAAAUGGAGCAUGAAAAAUCCUCGUUGUGGUGCUUUUAUCUUCCCCCCACACACACACACACAGUCUCCUUUGUUUAUUCAACUUUGUCUGUCUUUGCUUCAGCAUCUUUGGUUUGUUUAUUUCAGUUCCUUUCUGAUUCACUUUUGGGAAUGAAAUGAACAGCAGCGAUUUCUGACCCCUGGGAAUCACAGGGGACGGGGCCCUUAACCCCUAUCUGGCCAGGAAAGACAGGGGCCAAUUGUUGUGGUUUGAUCCUCGACAAGUCCCACGUGGCCUUGGAAGAAAGCAGAGUCCGGGGCCAGUCAGGACCAGAGCAGACCAGCUCUGCAGGUUUUGGGAAGGAGGCAGUUCAGAUGCUGGAAGCUACCGAUCAAACUUUUAUUCCAGCCUCCAGAGUGAAAGGGGACAUGCGUCUGACUUCUCUCUUCUGGGAGCCAGACGCACCACUUGGGGUGGCCCUGUGACAGCAGCCAGGCCUGCUUGUGCACGUGCAUUUACCAUGAUUGUGCACACAGCACAGUCUGUGCAAAAUCCAAGACCAACCGGACACCUGCUCCCUGUGUGCAACCCCCCUCCCCCACACAUGACUGUUACCAUGGCGGUGCGGAACACGGAACUAUCCGUGCAAACGCAGCGUACUCAUGGGCAGAGUUGGGUGGGAAUGGGGGGGUUGCCCCCCCCAACAUUGUAUAUGUUGAAAGUGGGGUGUGUGCACAAUUUAAAGGUUUGUCCACCACCCCUGAACAGCUUGAGUCUCCACCCCCCCGGGCAGGCCCCCCGCCCCGUUACCCUCAGGCUCCCCUCCC